UGUAAAUUGUCUUAGUUAAGUUUGAACCUAAUUGAAAGAUCAAUUGAUGUUUGAUGAAAAUUUAAAGAGAUCCUUCUUCUUUAAAAAUGUUUUGAUUGCUUAUAAUCAUUUUUGGUAAAACGUUUACAUUCCAUUAAAAUUUUUAAUGGCAUAGAAUGCUUUUGAAAUUUCCCGAGUCAGCGCGUGGACGAACUAAACUUUUUUUUUUGGGUAUUUAAUACUUCGCGAGGUCUCAUUUCAUAGGACGUACAAACUUAUUCCAGCCUGGGAUGUUGCGAUCACAACCUUCAAAUAGUAGCUAAGGACGUAAGAAACAAACUUUUAUAAUUCGGUGAAUGAAAAAUUAUGUAUAGAGGUCGCCCAUGUUCGGUCAUUGAGGAAAGGCCAUUUAAUCGAAAAAAUUUCUUAAUAAAAUUCUCAAAUUCUAAAAAAAGUAUCAAACAUGUUUCUCUUCUAUUCGUAAAAUUUUCUUUAUAAUGUGAGUUUUGAAUUAACAAUUUGUUUAGACUGUUUUGAACUCUCUUGUAUGCAUGUUUUUUGAAAUCUGCAAUAUUGAGAAUUUUUGAAAAAAAAAUAAAAUCAACAAAAAUAUGUGAUUCAGGUUUUCAAUCGACAACGAACCCUCAAGGUGCGGAAAUUAAUGAAGUGCCGCUUUGCUAAAGUUUUUCAAGUUUUACUAUAAGAAAAUUUUCAAAACGUUGCUAAAGAUUGCUUUGAAUUGUGACGUGGAUGAGUUUCGAGCAAUCUAGAAUCAAAUAAACUCCAGAUAUCAAACUUUUUCAUUUUUUUUAUCGAUCCUUGAAUCACUAGAAAGAUUCAUGUCAAGUUUGAAAGAACCAUGUCAAGUUUAAAUAAACAAUUUUUGAUAAAAUUGCCUUUUUUUCAAAAAUCGGACAAGUGUGACCUCAAAACAUCAUUUUUCUGAUUCGCUGCCAUAUAAAAGUUUGUUUCUCACAUCUUUAGCAAUCAUUUAAAGGUUGAACCUCCAGAAUCCCAGUCAGAGUGCAAUUUUGGGUCACAAUAUUGGGAACGUUAAAAUGAAGGACAACUUAAAUUGAAAUUAGACCAGUUAACGCCUCAACUCAAAGUUGUAUGCCCUCCUGGUACUUUGUCAUGUUACCUUCAAUGGAAGGUCGUUUUUUUAAAAAAAAUUUAUCGUCCUAUCAUAAAUGGUGUUUAAAAUAUAAUCGUUUUUAGUAAGCGACCAUUCAACUUAGCUAAAGCAGUUUAAUUCAAGAGAAAAAAUAUUGGAAUGGUGAUCAUUUUAAGUUAGUUACCAUAUGAAUGACGCUGAUUCUGGAAAAAAAGGAACCAAACAAAAAUCAAACAGAACGCCACGAUUUUUCUUCCAUACUUGAAUAUUCCACCACGUUGCGUUUUUUUUUAAAUGGGAAAUCAACAUAACUCAGAAGUAUGUUGAUCACAAAUCGGAUCGAAACCCGCCUAUUUUUGGCGCAGUACUAAUGGGGUGAUCGUAAAUUUUCAUUCUUUUUUCGACUACUAGAAACAACUGAAAGAUUCUUUCCAAGAAUUCAGACAACAAAAUAUCUUUCAAUAGUAGAACGAAAGAUAAAAAAAGUCGAGAUGAAGCUAAUUUCAGCCGCUUUCAGUCGGGCAUCUUAAAUAAUUAUUUUGUUGGAAAAUAUAAGCUUUCCGACGACAUCAAAGUCCUACAAAUACAACCACAAACGCAUGUAAGGACGACCUCCACUUGCUUUUAGUGCGACUUCCUUCCAGUGACUUCAACGCUCGACGAUCAUCAAAGUCAUCGAUCCUGAACACGUUCGUCGUCACGCUCAUUUUGAUAGUUUUACUAGCCGGGCCUAAUGGAAUUUUCGGAGCGACAAAAUAAAGAAGCAGAGCUCCAGCUUUGCAACGUGUGGCUAAACUGAGCGGCUAAAAUAAGAAAGAGAGCGUCAUACGUUUUUGAUGUGACGGGGCCUCCCAGGGAAUACACCCGUCACACGAAUAUGGGUCCCAUGGCGACGAACGUGUUAAAUUACCUGCUCAAUUAUCUCUUAAUACACUAAUGUUCCUCUGGGACCAGGUCGAUACCCUUCCAAAGUAUUUCCGAUUGAACGACCUUCAAAAGAAUUCUCGAUUGAAUGACCUUGACUUUCCUUGACACCGGACCGUCGACCUUCCUUGGCUUUGACUCGACAACCUUCAAUGACCCCGGACCGAAGACCCUUCCUGGAUCCAGUCUUCAGUCUGACUAUCUUCCGAUGACUUCUGUGUGACGAUCUUUCCUAAACCUUUCCAGAUCUUCCCUGGCUCUGGUCUGGAGACCUUCCAAUGGGUCCCGGUCCGGCAACCUUUUAGUGGUAUUUUAACCCUUCAUGGUGCACUGGUCCAACGAUCUGCUUCUGUCUCCAGUUCUAUGACCUUCCAAUAGUAACGUCCUGACGACCUUUCCUGAGUCUAGAUUAUUGUAAUGGUUACCUAUAUCUAGACCUUCAAAUGAAUUCUUAGUUUUACGACCUUCCAAUGGCAGCAGCAUCGAUCCAAAAAAUCGGUUCCUAUCUGAAGACUUUCCUUGACACCGGUCCGUCGACCUUCUUUGGCUUCGACUCGCCAACCUUCAAUGACCCCGGUUCGCAGACCUUCCUGGAUCUAGUUUGCCGACCUUCAAUUGGUUUCUAUCCGGUGACCUUUCCUGGCUCCGACUCAACGACUUUCAAAUGGCUAAAGGCUGAUUAUCUUCUAGUGACUUCUGUGUCACGAUCUUUCUUAAACCUUGCUAAAUAGAUGUAAAUCCCUGGCUCUGGUCUGGAGACCUUCCAAUGGGUCCAGUCCGACAACCUUCUAGUGGUAUUUGACCUUUCAUGGUGCACCGGUCCAACGAUCAAGCCUAUGUCUCCAUUUCUAUGACCUUCAAAUGGUACCGUCCCGACGACCUGUCCUGAGUCUUGAUUAUUCUAAUGGCUAUCUGGAUCUAGACCUUCAACUGAAUUCUCAAUUUAGCGACCUUCCAAUGGCAGCGGCACCGAUCCAAAAAUCGGCUUCGAUCCGACAACCUUCAACAAAACCGGUCCGAAGACCAUUCCUGGAUCCAGUUUGCCGACCGUCCAUUUGUUUCGGUCCGGCGACCUUUCCUGGCUCCUAUUCAACGAAUUUCAAAUUGCUAAAGUAUGAUUGUCUUCCAGUGACUUCUUUAUGACGAUCUUACCAAAACCUUUCUAGGUGUACUUCUCUGGCUCUGUUCUGGAGACCUUCCAAUGGGUCCGGUCUGACAACCUUCUAGUGGUACUUGACCCUUCAUGGCGCACACGAUCUGCAUAUGUCUCCUAUUCUAUGACCUUCCAGUGAUACCGUCCCUGGCUCUGGUCUGGAGACCUUCCAAUGGGUCCGGUCCGACGAUCUUUUAGCGGUACUUGACCCUUCAUGGCGCACCGGUUAAAAGAUCUAUCUCCAAUCCAAUGACCUUCCAGUGGUACUUCCCCGAAGACCUUUCCUGAGGCUCGCUUAUUGUAACGCCUAUCCGGAUCUGGCCUGACGAUCGUUUUCUAGAUUCCAUAACACCGGUCGGUCAAGCUUUCAAUGACUUCGGUCGUACGACCUUCCAGUGGCUUCGACCCUAGGAUUUGUCACUGAUUCCAGUUGAUGAUCCCGAAGAAGUUUCUAGAUCUGGGUCGUCGACCUUCUUUGACUUCCGGUCCAAAAACCUUCAGGACUUCAAAGAACUUUUAUUAUUUUUCAAUAACCCGCUCGACAACUUUCCAGUGACUCUCGUUCCCACGAUCUCCACAAGGCUCAGGUACAACAAUUUUUUAGUGACUUCAGCUUGAAGAUCUUUCAUAGUUUAACUUUUGGCGAUCUUCCAAUGGCUCUCCUAUGACCUAUGACGAUCAAAGAUCUGUCGGUGGCUUCAGUCCUACACUUUAGCUGAAUCCGGCGCGAUGACCUUUCAUGGCCCCGCCUCGAAGAUCUUCCGAUAACUCGCAUCCCAUGAUCUUCCAGUGGCUUUGACACGACUAUCCUUCCUGGAUCCGGCUUGACGACUUUCUAUGGCACCGGACUAGGGUAGUAUACUACCCUUCAACAAUGGCUUCGAUUCUUUGAUUUUGAAUACCCUCACUGGAUUCGGCUUGAUAACCUUUCCUGAUUCCAGCCCGAUGACACUUCCUGGAUCUGAUCCGGAACUCUUCCAUGGAAGCGAUCUUGUAAUGGCUAACUCCGGUUCUAUGAUCUUUCAGUGGUUCUAGUCCGUAACUUCCACUGACAGCGGUUUAUAAUCUGCCAAUAGCUUCGGAUCGAUGACUCUCCCUAAAUCUUCCUGGGGUUCUACCUCACGACCCUCCCCAGAUCCUGCCCAACGACCUUCAAAAGCUUUGGCUUAUUGACUUUACAAUUACCGUAUUUCACGGUCUAUAACAAGCGUUUCUUGCCAAAUUUUUUGGUACAAAAUUGAGGGUACGUGCUUUACAAUGGAUGUUCUUUUGAAGCACAUUUCAUACUUCAAAAAAAUAUCCCUGUUAUUUACACCGUUAAAUACGGUCCUCCCGUACAAGGACCUUCGAUGAUUGUUCCGACAACCUUCCAAUAGCUCCGGUCCGACGACCUUCCAUUGACAUCGGCCUGACGAUCAUCCAGUGGCUACAGCCCGGUGACCCUCGCUGGAUCCGGCUCAAAGACCUUCCAUGACUCUGCUCCGAUCCGACAACCUUUCUGUGGCUCUGGUUUUACGAUAGUCUCUGGAUGUAGCCCGAUGAACCUCACUUGGCACAGAACUGCGACCUUACCCUGCUAUGGCACUAAAACCACCUUCUAAUGGCUCCGCCCAUUGAUCUUUCUGUUGCACCGGCUCGAAAAUUCUUCAUUUCCUUCGAUCCUACCACCUUCCUGAAUGCGAUUCCACGACCAACCAUUGGUACUUAUCCGACGACCUUCCCAAAGGCUUCCGUCCUAAGACCUUUCGGUGCCUCCAACCCGAAGAUCUUUCAGUGACUUAGGCCUACAACACUUCGACUCAAUGAGCUUCCGUUGCACCGGGUGCGACAACCUUCCAACGGCGUCGGAUCGACGAGCCUCUCUGGAUUUUGAUCAAUGACCAUGACCCAUCAGACUGAGUCGAUUUGGGGUCAUUUUUGAAUUUCUUAAACCCUGGGGUCUAAAAAUCUUCGUUUUGGUUCAAAAUUCUUCCAUGAUUUUUUGCAGAAUUUUCAAGUGAACUUUUAGGUUUACAUGGGAAAAUUGAUAUUUUGUACUGGAAAAUCAACAUCAUUUUUGUUUCUUCUGUGGAACUGAGCCUGCUAAUGGUUGUUGUGUCAAUUUAUAAAUUUUUUAAAGGAAAUUUUUUACUGAACAACUUCAAAGAUCGAACUUCGUAUCUUAUUAGUCAAAAAAAUUAUUAGCUGUUUAUUCGGGGUUAUGGCUUUUGGCAUUGAAAAAAAAAAAAUUCAAUUGACAUCACUGUUAGUGUCUUGCAAUAUAUUGUAUGAAAAGUACUCAAGCAAUACUUCGCUGGGCACCCAGCAGUGGUAUCAAUUGAAUUGAUUGUUUUUCAAUAACUUCUAAUUUCUAAAACUUUUUUGGUCUAAUGAAAUACGAAGUGACGGUCUUCGACAAAGUUGUUCAGCGGAAAAUUUCCUUUGGAGAAUUUAUAAAUUGGCAGAAAAACCAUUAGCAGGCUCAGUUUUACAGAGGAAACAAAAAUGAUUUACAUUUUCUCAUACAAACCUAAAAGCUAAAAUUUAGUCAUGUAGACGUUACUUUAAAAUUCUGCAAAAAUCAGUUUUAGAUCAAAACGGUGCUUUUUAGCUUUUAGCUAACUCCCAUUUUGCCACGAGUGGCCUCAGUCCAAUAAGGCCCGUUGAAGCCAAAGAGUAUAAGUGCAUAAAUGCUAAUUUCGAGAAAGCACGCUUUAACUUUACGUGUUCGGCCUCUUUCCAUACAUUUUUGAACAUUUGUAUUAUUCUAUUGAACGUAAAAGUUUGUAAAAAAAUUCCAAAAAUCUGAAAAAAUCACCGAAUACAGUUUGAAAUAUGAGGAAUUUUAUGGCAGUUUCGACUCAACAUCGACCCUUUUUUCACUUAUACCCCUUUGGCUCUGAGGGUCUCAUUUAGAUAUGCAUGAUUAAACAUAAAUAUUAAAAAUGUUCUAGAAAAAAAAACCUUAAUGUUUUCACUUUCCAUACUGUUAUAAAUAUAUUGAAUACAUAUGUUAGAAAAAAACGACGUUAUCUCUUCUACAAUUGCUAAUUGUUUUCCUUGAUAAUAAAAACCGAAAAAAGCAUUCCUCAAUAUGCAAAUAUUGACUUUAUUUUUAAUCAUAUUUGAAAUUAUAUAACCUUAAUAUUCUUGAUUACUAACGCUCACGUCUAUCUCACAUUCUCGUUGUUAUUUUAACCUUUUUUGCCCUCAAUCGCAAAUCACUAAUCUCUUACAAACAAACAACCAAAAAAAAAAUUUUUUCAAAAAACGAAAAAAAAAACCAAAUACAUACUCAAAACCACUCUCUGAAAAACAAACAAAAAACCGUUCGCAGUUGGUAAGUAUGCUGCUGUCAGCUAAAACAUUUAGUUUGUUUCGGCAUAUCUUAAUUCUGCUCCCCAUUGUAUGCGUUUUUUUAUUUUUUGUUUCAAAAUUUACACUAUUUUAUGUUAUUCUAUUCUUCGUUAUAUUAACCACUCAUAACGUUCGGUUAGUUUUUCUCUUUCUUUUUUCUGUGACUGAUCGUGUGCAUUCAUUUGUGUUUUAGUACUUUUGAAAAAAAAUCUUUGUCGGUGCUACUUUCGAUUUUUUUUAUACUAACAUCUUGAAAUGAAUUUCGGUUCGGUUUAUUUAAAUUAAAUUUUGACUGUCGUUGUUUAUUUUUUAAUUUAGAAUUUUAUGUUGAUUGAUUUACUUUUUCACGUAAUUUGCGCAUUUUUACUUUCUCACAAAAAAUGAUCCCUCCUCCCGAAUCAAACCAAAAAAAAAAGUUGCAAGCUACCACCACGAAAAGGAAAUCUUUCUUAUUUUAUUCUUUUUUCUCUCCUUUUUCCUAAAGACAGACCAAUAUUAUGAUGAAUAUAUAUUUAACAUGAAGGAAAGAUCCAAGAAGAAGCGCUCCAAACGAUCGCAUCGAGAUGGCGGCAGCGGAACGGAGGAUUCGGAAUCGGAUUCGGCUGAGGAUGAUUCCCAUGACUCGGACUACUACGAAGAUGGCGGUAAAAGGCGCAAACGGCGAUCCUCCCGGAAGGAUAAGCAACAAAGAAAGAAAAGCUCGAAGAAAAAGCGUGCCAGGUCCCAUUCGAAUUCCCGCGAAAGGUCCACAUCACGUCAAGCAGAAUCCAAUCGGCGUAACGAUCAGAGCAAAUCGUAUGGCGGAAGCAGCAGCAAGCAUCAGCAAGAUAGGGAACCGCGGGAGGAUCAGAGCCGUGAUCGCCAUCGAGAACCGGAACGCGCCAGACAAAAAUCUGUCGAUCGUUCAGCAAAUCGUAUUGACGAAGAACGUGGACGGAGAUCAAGGUCGAAAAAUCGCCGUCGAGAUAGAUCUGAGGGUAGGGAAAAAUCACGCUCAAGAUCCGGUGGAACAUUCAGAGGAGGAAGAAAUCGAUCGCGCUCUGAUUCUAGGGAUAAAAAACGGCGAGAACGCUCAGAGGAGAAAAGAGAUCGUAGCGGCGAUCGUGGGCGAAAUUCUCGGAAGGACAGAUCUCCCAAACGAUCUGACGAUGAGAAAAGAGCUACCAGAAAUAGAUCGAGAUCACGAUCGGGUAGCAGAAAAAGAAACCACGAUAAACCAAAAGAGGGUAGGAAAAAUCGAUCUCGAUCGAGAAGCACCAAACGCGAUGAGCCUAAAUCUAGAAACAAACAAAGAUAUCGCUCGAGAUCCGCUAGCAAAACAGCAACCAGUUCGAAGAUCGAUGACAAACAGCGUGAUCGUUCCAGUUCAGUAACAAGAAAGGAUCAGAACAGAGGAAAGCGAGCUGACACAUCAAAGGAGCAGAAAGAUCGUCAGCGAUCACGAAAGAGUUUGAGCAAGGAAAGAUCCGAUGAUCGUAAUGAGUCUUCGAGGAAUCGUAACAACCGGUUUGAUCAUGAGCAAUCGGAAAAUCGGAACGAUCGGGAGCGAUCAGAUGAUAAAAAACACCGGAAGCGAUCAAAAGAACGACAAAAUCGGGAGAAAUCUCAAGAUGGAGAUGAUCGUGAACAGUCCAGGGAUCGUGAUGAGCAAUCACGGAGGUAUCGAGAUCCUUCACAAGAUCGUAAAAAUUACAAUCGAUCAAAGGAUCGGAACAAGCGUGAUCGUUCUAAUGAACGUAAAGGACGCGAGAGAUCAAACGAACGUCAGGACCGAGAACGAUCUAAGGAACGAAAGGAUCAGGAACAUUCUAAGGAUCGCAAAGAACGCGAUCGAUCCAACGAUCGUAAGGAAAGAGAACAAUCUGCAGAUCGCAAAGGCAACAAAGAUCGUAAGAACAGGGAUCGCUCAGAAGAACAGAAAAAAGAUGAUCGCUCAUAUGAUAGCAAAAAACAAAAUCGUUUUGCAAAUGACAAACACCAUGAUUCUUCAAAAAAUAAAAAUCUGCGAAAAAGUGUUAGUCCUAAGCGAAAGUUGGACUCACCAUCUAGACAGAAGCAUGAACUGCCCGAUAAAAAGCAUCUACGAAAUAAGUCUUCUAGUCCUUCUGCUGCUGAUAACAACCAUGAUCGUUUCAGAUCUCCGAAACGCAAGAGGAAAUCCUCAAGCCCCGAAGUUCGAAAGACGAGACGUGAAUCACGCGAAAAUACACCGAAGGAAUCUCCUUCAAGAAGCAAGACAAAAUAUUGCAAAUCUCCCGCAGAAAAUUGUAACAGGAGGUCAUCCACACCAAAUCACGCCGCAAAAGAAUACUCUUCUACAUCGAACAGGCGUUUAAGCAAAUCUAAAUCACCUGUCGACAAUAACAGGAAAAGAUCGAGAUCUCCCGAAAGCCCACGAAAACAUAGCAGCAAAAAGUCUUCUGUUACCAACUCUAAAGCUAUGGAGAACAGGAAGUCUCGUUCCAAUACUCCAGAAAUGCGUUCAAGGAAGGAUAAAGAGUCUAAGCUGAAUACGGAGAAAACUUCUAAGAAAUAUAAGCUAUCUCCUAAUAAGAAAAGUGUCAAUACUCCAGUUAAACCCAACCAUUCAAGGCAUGGUCAGAGUGAUUCAGAAUCAUCUUCUGAUUCAGACUCAUCAAAUCUUAGCUAUUCGCCGGCUCAACGAGAUCCAGAACGUUACCGAGAUAUACUGGAAAAAUUACCGCAUCAAAAAGAGAAUCAAGACAAAGAUUCAUUGUCUAAAUACAAGAGAAGCGCGUCGAAGGAAAGGCCGCCAAGAGCCGAGCCGGUUCAGAAGAAAAAGCCAAGUUCCCCCAAACAUAUAUCCGAUCGGCCGGGGCGAUCUCGAUCGCGUUCUCCAUCCAGAAAAAGAAGUCAGCACACUCCACCAAUGGAACCGCAGUCUCCCGUUGCUCCCAAGCGUCGUAGAGACAACAACACUCCUCCUCCAGUUCAAUCGCGAUCGUCUUCGCAGAUCACAAACAAAAAAGUCUCCCCGGCCAGUAACAGUCAUCGUCCGGAGGACGAUUCUCACAUAAAUGCAGCAAGCUCGAGCAAACUUCCCCGAUCCCCCUCAUCCAGCGAUAAACAAAAACACAAAAAGUCCAAAAAGAAAGCGCUUCAAGUAGUUCAACCGGUGGUUAAACUUCAAUCACCCGCAUCCUCUUCCUCGGAAGAUUCCGAACCGGAGACCCACGAUUCAUCGAACAAAACCAACAAACAGAAAUCCAAAUCCGAUCAUCUGGAUGCGUUCCUGCCGACCUUCGAGGCCAAUCGCGAAGAUAAAGAUUUGUCGCUGUUGAAGGCACUCAAGAACGAUCUGGCCGCCAAAGCCAAACAGUGUCUCGAGAAGAAAAAGUCGGUAUCGGAGCUGAACGCCAAGAGUGAUGCUCCUGAUGUUGGUCUUCCACGUGUGGGCGAGAGUCGCGAACGAAACAUCCAGAUUCAGCAAGCCAAAAUGGCUUCUCUGGCAGCCGUGCAUGCCGUUCCGGUGGGAAAAGGUAUCGAAUUCACGGUGGAAACACCAGAGUCUUUUGUUGGGCCGGAAAAUAUCGGCAGCAAGAAAAAGGAUAGCGCUCCUAGCAUGGUACCCCCUGUUGUAGCUCCGAUGACCAGAGAAUCAUCCGUAAGCUCUAAUCAGAUGAAGAAGGAAAUCCACGAUAUUCUGAGCACCGUUGGAGCCUGUCGUACCGAUGAUGGUGGUGGUGUGACAACAAAUGUGGCCAAGACCACGAUUCUGAACGCCGUUGACAACAUACUGAAGGAGAAAAUAUCUGGCGCAGUUCCGGAAGGAGGCCAACGAAAAUCACGCAGCAGGUCUCGAUCACAAUCUAGAUCAAGAUCUCGGUCCCAUAGAUCCCGCAGCUACAGCAGUUCCAGCUACAGUUCCCGAAGUUCUCGGUCGCGCAGCCGUACCUCUCGGUCCCGAUCCCGGUCCAGCAGCCGACACCACCGGAGCAGCAGGUCCCGUUCACGCAGCAGCAGCCGUUCACGAUCCCACACCCGGACGCCCGUUCCGCCGAGACGUCCCGGAAUGCCACCGUCCCGCUCCCCUUCGAUCCCGCGUCGGGCUGGUUCGCCGAGCUUCCUAGAUCGUCGCCGGAUAACCAGCUCUUCUCGAAGGCGACAAUCACGUAGUAGUUCCAGCAGCAGCAACAGCAGUAGUAGCUCUAGCAGUAGAUCAAGCAGAUCCGAUCGUAAUUCUGCUCGGAGGCGUAGGCGCCGUUGAGCCUCCACGCUAUCGGAUCUGCUUGUUGCUUGUUGUGUCUACUGUGACGCAUCCUAUCCACUUUUUUCGGUUGUAAUGUUAAACCUUUACGAGGUUGAAACUUUCCAUUGGAGAGCACGCAGUUUGGAUUGGCGUUUGUUACAGUGCUGUUUCAAUUUAUGAUUUUGAAACCACCCUUAUUUUCUUAAUUGUAAGAAAUGAUCCCGAUCUUAUUUCACUGUAGAAUUAUUUUCAUUUUACGAUUAAGUUAGACCUGUAUUUUGUAUCUUUGAAUCAAAACGCUUGAUUAUUAGAAAACAA